AUGUCCUCACAGAAGAUCUGGCUGCGCGCCGAGACCAAGCCCGCUGAGGCUCGAUCUGCCCUCACCCCGACCACCUGCAAGGCAUUGAUGGAUGCCGGCUAUGAUGUGACUGUCGAGCGCUCUACACAGCGUAUCUUUGACGACGAGGAAUUUGCCAAGAUCGGUGCUCCUCUCGUCGAGGAAGGAUCGUGGGUCAAGGAUGCGCCCAAGGAGGCCGUCAUUUUGGGUCUGAAGGAGCUCCCGGAGGAUGACUUUCCCCUCGAGCACGUGCACGUCACUUUCGCCCACUGCUACAAGCAACAAGGCGGUUGGGAGCAAGUUUUGAGCCGCUGGCCGCGCGGAAACGGCCUCUUGCUCGACCUCGAGUUCCUCACUGAUGACAUUGGUCGCCGUGUGGCUGCGUUCGGCUUCUCUGCUGGUUACGCCGGUGCUGCCCUGGCUGUCAAGAACUGGGCUUGGCAAUUGACUCACCCUAACGGUGAGACUUUGCCUGGUGAGGUUCCCUAUGCCAACCAGGACCUCCUGAUCAAGUCUGUUUCGGAGGCCGUCGAGGCCGGGAAGAAGGUUGCGGGUCACUACCCCCAGAUUCUUGUCAUUGGAGCCCUGGGACGUUGCGGAAAGGGCGCCGUUCAGCUGGCCAAGGACGUUGGCAUUCCCGAGUCCAACAUCCUUCAGUGGGAUAUGGAAGAGACCAAGAAGGGUGGUCCUUUCCAGGAGAUUGUCGAGUCCGAUAUCUUCGUCAACUGCAUUUAUCUGUCCGCCCCUAUCCCCAAGUUUGUGACUGUCGAGUCCCUUUCCACUCCGGACCGCAAGCUGUCUGUUGUGUGCGAUGUCAGCGCUGACACUACCAACCCCAACAACCCCAUUCCCAUCUACGACAUUACCACCACCUUCGACAAACCCACCGUGCCUGUGACUUUCCCCGCUGGCAACCAGGGCCCGCCCCUGAGCGUUAUCAGCAUCGACCACCUGCCAUCUCUGAUGCCGCGUGAGAGUUCUGAACAGUUCAGUGAGGCUCUUCUGCCCAGCCUCCUCCAGCUGAAGAACCGCACUACUGCUCGGGUGUGGAAGCAGGCCGAGGACCUGUUCAAUGAGAAGGUCGCCUCUCUGCCCGAGUCGCUGCGCCCUUGA